GUCUACAGCACUGGGGACUAACAGGUCAUUCCAUGUCUUUGUUCAGAGACAAAGGGGGCCAUGUAUAGAAUGAGAGCCAAGAGAGGGCCUUCUUAGUGAGGAAAAACUGGGCAUGGCAGAAGAAGAGGAAGGUGGUGAUGCCCGAGCCCCACCCGUCCGCCUCUGGGUGCGACGGAUAGGUGUCUAUUGCGAUGAGAACCAGGAAACAUGGCUGGUGGCAUCAGAAGAGGAGGCAGGUACGUUGAAAGCCCGGAUCAGAAGAGUCCGGGUGCCCCCGGGACAGGCGCUGUGCCCCAGCCGCCUCCCUGCAUCCCAGCUGCCCCACAUGUGGCAGCUUUCAGAGGGGCAACAGUACCGGGACAGUAACUCCCGCAUCUGGGACAUCGAGCAUCAUUUAAUGAUCAUGGGAGUGGAGGAGCUGCUGCUGAAACUCUUGCCAAGUGAUUAAAUCUGGAGGAGCUGUGUGACUCUAGGAUGGUGUCCCUGUUUUUUUUUUUUAAUGUGGUAACUUCCCAGCACUAAAAUGCACCUGCCUCAGCGCA